UACUUUGGAAUAGUGAUAUUUCUAAUCAGUCAUUGAGUUCAUCGUUUAAGAUCCUGCCUUAAUUCGCGAUUGUUUUUUUAUCGGCGGUAAAAAUUUCUAAUCGGAGAGAACUUCGAAAUUCAAGAAUGACUCGAGUAUAACCACACAACUAACAUUCAUCAUGGAUGAAUGAAUGAUAAAAAAAAGAAAAAGAGAAUACACGAAACAUUAAUUUCUGCAUCUCGUAUCGAUUAUGUCUCUAUGUUAUUAUCAUCGAUAAAAAAAAAUGUUUCUAUUUUGUUACAAUUAAAUGACCUCUGUAAAAUAUUAUUCUUUUGAAACGUAGGUAUCAUCAUGUCAGUGUUGAUUUGUAAUGUCAAAGACGCACAGUCCAACACAUUUUAAUGGAGAAGUAGACGGUAUUUAUUAUCCAGACUUUAGUGUGGAUAUUAAUAAGCAGAUGCGAGUCCCCAAAAGCAUUCGUGUAAACGGGGAUUACAUAGAACAAGAUACUACCAUUACAAAUACGUCGACGUGGAAUCAGAUGUCUGGCAUGGAGAAGCUUGAAAUGCAUGUGCCAGAAAGGAUUCUUGUCGUCGGACAAGAACAGCAUGUUGGUACCAAAGCACCACCACCAGAAAUUGUUUUAGAAAAUGCUGUGAUGCGUACCGAGCCUGCUAUAGUCAGAGUACAGACUCCUCCAAGAAUUUUGACUCUGGACAAUCAUUAUUUCCCAGCGGUGGAUGAAGAGGAGCCUCUGCCAGAUGUUGAUGAAAUUGUAAAUCCGGUGAAUGUCAGACCCAGGACAUAUAAUACAGAAACGCAGAUAGUGAAACAUGUCAGAGAACCAACACCUUCUUACAAUGCUCUCGAUGUAUCUCUGCCACCCAGUGAAGAGGUUCAACACUUACGUCGUCAAGUAGGUAAAUUGAAUCGCAGAGUGAUGGCGCUCGAAUUAGACAUGAUUCAUCGUCAACAGAGAGACAGGAUCUUGUAUAUUGCGACUAUAGCAUAUUUUAUUUUGAAAACCUUUUCCUGGUUAACCAGAAACUGAACUAUUGAUUGAAAAAAGAGGAAAGAAAGAAAGAGAUUCUAUGUUUAUUUUGCUGAAAGAGACAAUGUUUUUUAACCAGAAUCUUGAAUCAAUCUUGCUGUAAGAAAGUAUAACCAAAGACUUUUUAUCACAGUCUUGUAAGAUUAGUUGUGAAAAUAGAGAUGAAGGACAUAUAUAAUACAAGAUAGGUGUGCGUGAAUUUCUAACGCUAUUAAAUAGGCAGAUGACGCGUAAAAUGUAUUGAAAAUAUGACGAUCGAUUGUCUUUACUGCAUUAAAAGUAAAUCUGGCUUUAAAAGAACGUGCGUGUAUUGUAUUAGGUUUGACAAUAUAUAUAUGUAUAUGUUAUUGUUAAUGUAUAUACAGCAAUUUGCGAAACUCUAAUAAAUUGGAUUAAUUUUCAUAUAUAUAUAAAUGUAGGUAUGUAGAGUUAUAUUUAUCGAAAUGCGCAUCUAACUUAUUGUUAGUUUCCUUUCUCAGUAUUAAUGAAGUGUUUACGAAAUAAUUAAUUUUUGUCGCAUGCGAUAUCGUAAAGAUUAUCUAUGCUUAUCUGAGCAUCUUAUCUGAAUCGAUGACUUACUUCAUAUAUAGUUGCGUUUUCUCUGUGGCCACAGCAUUUGGAAUUGUAACUUCGUCCAACGUAUAUUGCGAUUAAUAAAAUUAAUAAAGUUAUUACAUUAUAUAUUA